AUGUCAAGCGUUCCAGAAGAUAUUUACCUCCAAAUCUUGUUAAGAUUACCGGUGAAAUCAACUUGUGUUUGUAAGUGUGUUUGCAAGACUUGGCUUUCACUAAAUUCUGAUCCUGUUUUUGUUGAUUUUACUCCUCAUAGAAACAUCUCUAACAAUCUCAUGCUUGUGGGUUAUGAUAACCGCAGCAGACACUCUAUCCAUUCUAUAAGUUGCGAUUCGUUAGAACCAUCUCGGUGGGAGAAUAAUGAAUUCAUAUCUGAAAUGUGUUACCCAUAUUUAUCCUUAGGUAGGUCAGGUUAUGCAGUUCAAUUUGUAGGUUGUUGUAAUGGCCUGGUUUGCCUUGUGUUCUUUGACAUUCUUGACCGUGGAGAUAACCAAGACUAUGCUGGAAAUCUGGUUUUGUAUGACCCAAAAUAUGGAACUGCUAUUGAACGAGAAAUGGGCAGUGUUUUGCGUUUUAGUUCAGAAGAGAAUUAUUUUGAAAGCUUGGUUUCAGUUAACUCUGGUACUUAUGCGAGGAAAGGAGAAACAGAGGAAUCAACUGAAGCAAAAGAAGAAAAACAUGAGUAA